AUGGAUAAAAUGUGGCAGAAGACAGUCCUAAAUGAACAAGAGACAGAGAGCGAUGAAGAAGAGUACAAUGAACUCAGGAGAAAAGACUAUGAGGAGUCUCUAAAGACCGGCAGGUCAAAGGCUAAGAAGUUGACGGAAGCCUGUCUUAAAAAGAGGGUACAAGUGAAACUGGUUGAAUAUGACUUUAUAGAAGUGAAUUACCUCUCUGAACAGUACCAGAAGAAGUUUGAGGAGACAUCCGAGAAUGCCAGAAUAUUUUCUGAAAGACAAGGCAAGGCCAAACAGGAGAUGUAUUCUACCAAUGAGGAGUUAACCGAUCAAAUAAGGACUAAUACAAGGGAGCCUCCCAUGUUUGAUGAGAUCCGGCCUGAAUAUAACAGAUACCUGAACAUCCUGUUGAAGCGGCCGCCUUCAGAGUGGCAGGAGGCUCUGAGAACUACAGACCUCAGAGAGCCAGCGAGGGUGCAGGGUAAAGUGCUCGGAGAGAGGUCUGGACUCCAGUGCAGGUGGAGUGUCCCCCCCCCCCCCCCCCCCCCCCCCCCCCACACUGACACGCUGGUCACGGAUGGUAACGUGGAUGGCGACAGCUCCCAAUCUGAGGAUAAGCUGGAGCUCUCUCCCCACCAGAUACUGGACCUGGUGACAGAGUUGACGGAUCAGGUCUUGUCACUGACUCGCAAUUCAUACGGGGUGGAUGAGCCGCCACUGAAGGAGCUCAUGCAGGACAUAGAGACCAUUUCUAGGAAAAUGGAAGAGGAUGAUGAGAAACUUACGCUGCAGCUGGACGAGAUGAAGGACAGGAUCGUCAGCGACCUGGAGAGAGCCGCCACGCUCAAAAAGAAGGUUCAGCUCCACGACUCAAAGGACCACGAUACGAUUGUCAGAUGCUCUGGGUGUGAAGAUAACUGA